GGCAUAGUCGUGUCACGUGAUAAUUUAAACUAAUGGGUUAAACAACAAUUACCCCAAUUGUCAAAACUUGUUUAGACUGGCUGAUUGACAAAAAAUAACUUUUAGCCUCGGAAAUAUUGUUUGAUGCAUCUCAUCUGUUUCAAGGAAGUAAGCCUUGACAUUUGACUAAUUUCAUGUUUUCACAGAAUAAAAGAGGCAUCAUCUCAGCCCAAAAGAGAAUACCAGCCCAAACCUCGUAUGAGCCUGGAUUUCACAACUGGUGGUGACAAUACCCAGCACAAUGGAGGAAUAUCCCAUGCCACUACUCCAAAACCAGCAGGUGCUCACAUGGAUCAGCCAUGCUGCCGAGCUCUGUAUGACUUCGAACCAGAAAAUGAAGGGGAGCUGGGAUUUAAGGAGGGUGAUAUCAUUACCCUCACUAACCAGAUUGAUGAAAACUGGUAUGAAGGAAUGCUUCAUGGCCAGUCAGGUUUCUUCCCCAUCAAUUAUGUCGAUAUUCUAGUUCCUUUACCCAAUUAAGAUAGCUGAUCCACCACCUCUGUUCCAGAUAGUAAUGUCAGUACCACUGCUUUCAAAAUGCUGCUUCUUACACCUUCCAAGUGCAAACUGCAGUGGUUAGAAUCAUCAAGUCCCACUGAGCAUCUUUGGUUUAUGUGUUGUUAUACUACGUAGUGGUGAUGCGUGGUAUCUUCUGAGCCAACAUAGUGUGGGUUAGACCACUUGACCACACUGGCCUGGUGAUAGCCAGAGUACUGCUGAGAUGGUGUUGGGAAGAUGAUAGCAAGCCAAGCAGGUAACUCAUGGUGAAGUAGCAGGAAGUGAAGAUGAUAUUGGGAAGAUAAUGCCUAUCACCACUGUAUUACUUUUCAGUCUUAGUUCUCUAUAAAAAGAGGGUAAAGUUCUUGCCAUUCUGUCUUUCCCUUCCUAGUGAUACAGGUCACACGACUCUAACCAUGACUAACAAGAAUUGUAUCUUCUGACCAAAAUGGCUUGCUAUUCUCACAGAGACGGUAUAAAUGUAGACUCUUUGGUUUCUCAGAAAGUGAACCACUGUACUUGUGCCCUUCUGGUCUCUGCUCAUUUUUGUAUUUUUGAUUGUUAUUAAAAGACCUAUUUCCAUCCAUAGGUAAACUUUGAACCAUAAUAAGGGGAUUCCUAUAGUAAAAAGCUUGAACCAUGAAUUCAUGAAACUACGUGAAUUUGCCCUUCAGAAACUUUGAGCAUGCUCAAUAAAAUGCCAGUAGAAGGGCAAGAUGGGGGAUAAAACUGUUAUUAGUGUUAACUGUUUCUUGUCAAGUUUUGGCACAAAAUCAUGCUGCUUAAGCACCAGAUAGUUUUUGUAAACUCAUUCACUGUGGAGGAAAACCAACCAAAUACAAUCUUCCCUACUUUUAUUUCUGUCUGCCAUGUGUUCUUUGAACAUCAUUUGUGUGUAUUCUGCCCUCAAUGAGGACUAAAUAAAACUUAUUUCUUUUUGUGUUGAGCAAUUAAAGACAUGUGGCUGUAUAUGCAAAAACAUUUCCCUAUAUGUUUAGUUCUCUCUUUUUUUUCCUCCUUACUGCACUUGGUGUGUACAGUGCUGUGCCUAGCUUCUCAGCGUUCUUUCAGAUGCAAAAGUUCUGUUAGUUUAGUAAUACAGAGUUCUAUUUAUCUAAACUAUAGAGACUCUUUCAAAGGUUUAAUGUGCUGCUUUGAAUGUGCCACUUCAGUACUGGAUGAUGUGAAAUGAUGACAAUUCCCUACUGCUUAAUAUAUAAACUGUAUAAUGGAAUAUUGAUAUUUCAAAUAAAUACUGAGAGAAUAA